UGACAAGCUAUAUACCCACUUUUCUCAUAGCCUUGUGGGCAAUGACUAUUCUUCUCGCAAUCUGCAACGAUUCUUCUCUUUUGCGACAUGCAUUGUUAACAUAUACUUUCCCUUCCUCUUAUUUCCACCUACUCCCUUCACUUGCUGGAUAACAGCAAGUGCUGGCAUGGUUAGUUAAUGACAACUGGCACGCGCACAUUCAAUGAGCAUUUCAACAAAACCAAUUGAACCUGUCCUGGAGGCAGAGGUUCCUUCUCAAUCAGCACAACAACAAACGUCCGAUCCUACCCCUCGAGUUUCUGCUAGCACCCGCGCUAGCAUCGGCCAACAAAGUCAUUUACCUGGACUUCGGGACGGUCAGUCUUCCGCAAUGCAGACAACUUAUUUGUUCGUCGAUAAAAACCUCAGUCCCCGUGCGCGGAGGUCGCACGUCAUGCGCCAGCAUAAUCAGAAGAGGUAUCUCCGGCGAAUGUCUACCCAGCCUCAUAAUCACAAUAACUCAACCAGACCUCCUGUAGCAACGCCAACCUCACCUCGCGCAGAUGAUACUUGGUCUCCUCCAUCGCCCGCUACGAUUUUGGACUCGUCUAGGAAAGAUCCUUUUGACAGUUUGCCAGCUGUCACCUCUGUAGCUGACCAAGAACUGGCUGAUGCGUGGGUGAGCAAGUUAAGUUAUUGGUCAGGACAGAACCAGUACAUCAAGCUCCAAAUUUAUAAAGCAGCCAUAGCCCGCCCAGUGUGCUUUCAAGCGAUCAUUCUUGCUUAUUGCGCUCGCUGGCGGGCCCGAUUGUAUGGUCUCAAAUCCAGCCCUGAAUCCGAACAUCAUCUGAUCAGGGCUUCCACAAUGAUCCAAAAGGCAAGAAACGAGAAGAACGAUGAUUCUCUUGCGAUGGCUCUUGCCGGAAUGUCUCUCCAUGAGAAUCGCUUCGGUGAUAAUGAGUCCGCUGCUAUGGAGUACGAAGACCAGGCACUUAGACUUCUGCGCAUGCGCCCUUGGCAGGAUUCAAUGGGCGUUGCUGAAGUGUUCCUGCAUUAUGUGCAGUAUCUGAAGAUGCCACGGGAGUUCUCACUGGGCCAUGAGGACAGAGUAAUGCUAGUCCAUUUCCUUCGAGGUGCGAAAGAGUUGAAACUCAAACACAGCACAGCUGCAUACUUGGCUUCGGUGCCUCAGAGGCGGACGGCGUUCCAGAUGGCCAGUCCGCUCUUCUGCUCACUUUGUCCUGGGCCUUGGCCAUCCACGGUUCCACAGGACUCGCACAAAUAUGUGAUGAACUUGAAUAUACCUAGUCAUGAGGUUAGCCGCACUGCGUGUUUGAUACACAUCACAAGCGCACUGUGGGAUUACCAAUAUGAACCCGACAAAACCCGUCAGUUCCUUGCUCAUCUCAAUGAGCUUGUCGCGCAGUAUAAGCUCGACAGAAAUCCCGCAUGUGAAACAUUCAUAUGGCUCCUUCUCGAGGAACGAUGUAUCCCGAGGUUGAGAGACUCGGAACGGGCGUGGCGGAUGGGAGAGCUGCUGAAGAUGAUCAAAAAGCUACCACCUGAUUUACGAGUUGAGUACGGCAACAUUCUUUUCAGCUUUCUCAUGCUCGAGAGUCCUACUAUAGAAGUUGGGGAGUUUGAAAGAAGAGUUCUCGCUCUUUGAAUCCUGAGAUCUUCCACUU